AUGCGCGCCCACACACUCAUCGCUGCAGCCUUGGCGACCAUGGUCUCAGCGCAUGGCUCCCACGGCAGCGGCGCCCACGGCGGCACCUACGGCGAGGAGGCGCGAUCAGACUACCCUAAUUGGAUGACGCGGCACAUGGCCGAGGAGCACGGCAUGGGCACGUUUGACGCGCAGUCCUUCUUCACGCUGCACGACUUCGACUCGGACGGCGUCUGGGAGCGCGAGGAGAUGCAGCGCAUGUACGGCCUCAUGGACCCCAGCAACCGCGACGUCAGCCACGACCGCCGCGAGGCCGCCUACCGCGAGCUCCUCGCGCUCCUCGACACCAGCGGCGACAACCUCGUCUCCCGCGACGAGUUCGCCGCGUUCGUCGCGGACGGCAGGACGCUGCCGGACCUCGGCUUCGGCCCGGGCCACCACGGCGACGAUGAGUACGAGUACGAGGUGCAUCACUGGAACAAGUACCACAACGAGGACACGAAGCUCGAGGACCUGACGCACCCGGAGGACAUUGAGCACUUCAAGAAGCACGAGGAGCUCGAGGACGCCGAGGAGCGGCAGCAGGCCAUGGACAAGAUCGCCAUCAUCGAGGCGAACAUACCCGCCAAGUUUUUGCGCGUGCAGCACUAG